AUGCUGACUCUGACUGGUUCUUGUUACUGUGAUCAGAUCAAAUACGAGCUGAUCCUCAACUCAGCCAAGGAUGCGCGGACAUCGCUAUGCCAUUGCCACAACUGCAAGAAAGCGUUUGGGACCAACUAUGGCCUGACUGCCAAAGUACCCAGAGACGCAUUAAAAAUUACCCAAGGCACAACAAAGGAGCACGCUGCCGAUAAUGGGUCUGGCAUGUUGAUUCACAGGGAGUUUUGCAGUAACUGCGGGAGUACUAUUCUCGAGUACGGAGAAGCCGUGAAAGCUGACUUUAGAUAUAUCGCUGUUGGCACGUUGGAUGAUCCAGAUGCUUUACCACCAAAAGGGGAGUUCUUUUGCAAAGAUAGAGCAAGUUGGAUGCCUGAGAUUCGUGCGUCAACAUCGCCGCGGGUCGUGGUCGAUGUUGGCGUGGUCUGCUGGGCGAACUCACCUGCAUCGCCAGAACACAACAACAAAUUCACGACGGGAACUGGCAAGCCCUGGGUUCGACCCUCGUCGUCAGAAGUCUUUUUCCACCCAGCGACACCCUCCCCCUUCCUCGUCCUCAGGACAAUUUACACUCUGCAAACGCCAACCCCAUUGAACUUGAAGAUUGAUCUGGGACGUGUCAGAGGAAAUAUCAUCAUCAAUUUUGAAAUAGUGCGCCUACUUCUAAGAUGCAAGCAACUCGAUGUCCCAAAGAAUGAUCCAUGCAGCUCUUCCUCCCUCUCGACAACGCAGGACCUUCCAUGCCUUUAA